AUGAGGCUCCUUCCACUUGCCCUAGCCGCUAUUCUUCUUGCCGCCUCAUCCCCUUUAGGUGGCCGACACGUCAUCAACAACCUGACCGAGACCGUCAAUAUUGACAUCCAAGUCAACAAAGCCACCUCGGAAGCCACCAUCGAAGUCUGGGACCAAGACCGCAGCCAAGUCCUUGCUCAGUCUUGCUCCUUUACUUCUCCCGGAAGCAUGUACCUCAACCAUGGCUACUUUUCGAAGAGACCCAUCACCGUCAAGUCCAGAUCAGCAAUGACGGCUGGGGCAACAUCACCAUUGGCGACAAGACGUUCAAGAUUCACAGCAACCCUGAGAUCUCCGGUGGCAUCAAAUGCAACAGCAUCAUCAGCGAAGACGAGACCAUUGUCAGCUGCCUGGCCCCCAUUUUGGGCGAGAUUGUUGGGGUUGAGCAAAGCCGGUCGUCUGGCGAUGCAGGAUUGCUUCCCCAACGGUGCCUUGAAGCUCACAAAAGUCAUGCGAGCCGCUGAGGGAAACCACAAGGUGACGCCAUAUGUCGAGACUCUGCGCGAGAUGAACAUAGCCGCGAAGAUGAUCGCUGGCAGCAAUACCUUUACGAACAUGAACGACACCAUCACCCAACGCCAGUACAACCCGUGUUCCAUCUGGUCCUCAAACACGAAAUUGGAGGGCGAUGGAGACCCUCAUCAGACACCCAUGCAUAUCCAGCUCAGUGUAAGCUUCCUUCUUCUUCUUCUCCGCCCAACACAGUUUGGCUGA